AUGUCGGACGAACAGUCUCCCAAGAGUCCCGUCGAUCCGACGGGUAAGGAAGAAAAGGACAAGAACAAGAAUAAUGAUGGUAAAUCUAAAGAUGAGUCAAGUGACUCAAAAGAUAAGAAAAAGAAGGAAAACAAGAGUGAUGAUGAUGACUCAAAUUCAAGCAAUGAUGAGAUGUCGUAUAAAGAAUGGAAGGCGUGGAAGAAGGAGCAGAAAUUGAAAAGUAAAAAGAAAAAGAAAGUUAGCUCCAAGAUCUUGAUUGACUCAAGUGACGAUUCGGACUCCGACCACAAGCAAAGAUCAUUUCGCACCUCUAGUAAGAGUCGGUCAUCAAAGGACAAGAAAAGAGUUGAGUAUCACCGUGUGUCUCAUGAUUACACAUUUCAACUUCCUAGUGACCAUGGUGCAUCAAUUCAUAUGGGCAAGCCUCCUCACUUUGAUGGUACCGGCUACAAUUAA